GUGCGUGUUGCAGGUCACUCCCUCCUCCGUACUGUCAGCAGCUCUUUACGCGCUUCAAACUUGGUAGUCGCACUCAGCUGGUCUCCUUCCCACCUUUCGUUUUCUCGGAUUUUUUGAGUUUUUAAACGACCUACUGUUUUUAAGUCAUGUGUUAAUUCCUUUGUCGCGGCGGCUUUCCACCGGAGGGAGUUAUCGUGUUUUCUUCGCCUCCAGUUGAAGAGAAACGCGGAGGAAAUGUCCUGCUGAGGGUUGGAAAUCCUGAAAACCACAGGGCCUGUUUUUGUAAUGAUUGAUCAAUGCUUCGAUAAUGGCACAAAAGGCACAGGUUUUAUACGACUUCACUGCUGAGCCUGGAAACAAUGAGUUGUCAGUGAGAGAAGGCGAGACAGUUACUAUCACCAAUCAGAGUAUUGGAGGUGGCUGGGUGGAAGCACAGAACUCGAGAGGGGAGGUGGGACUGGUUCCUGAAGACUACAUUGAACUCAAUAAGCAGUUUUCUGUGUUCCCAUCAGCUGCAGCCCCUACUCCAAGUUUAGGAAAUGUUGCAGCUUCAGACCUGUCCUUCUUUGAUGCAUAUGCACCUGCAUCAACACCUGCACAAAACCAGGUGGAUGCUGGGGGCUUGAGUCCCCAGCCGGAAACCCCCGACACCCCAGUUUCCCCCUACCUUUCGUCCCCUGAUGAGGCUACUAAUGGUAAUGAUCCCUGGUCGGCGUGGAACGCGGACCCAUCGGGGGGUUCCACCAACAACUGGGCAUCUAAUCCAGAGGGCACACAGACUGGGAAGAGCGCUCCUGACCCCUGGGCCCCUGUAUCACAUGGUCACCCUCAGGCUUACCAAGGCCCAGGGGCAGAGGAUGACGAGUGGGACGAUGAAUGGGAUGACAUGAAAUCCACUGGCGGUUAUGCUGAGUCAGAAGCCGGAGAAAGUGGAGCACUGCAGAGGGGCGGAUCACAUGCAACUUCAAUGAAAAUCUCCCUCAACAACAGGUUCCCUGGGUUCUCCAAGUCGGGUCCGGAGCUCUACCUCCUUUGCAAGCAGCUUGUAAAGGGCAAAGACAGGCUUCCAAUUUAUGUGGGAGAAGUUGGUCCAGUGUGGUCUUACCCAGAAACCCAGCUAGACUGUGUUGUAGCUGAUCCCAAAAAAGGCUCAAAGAUGUAUGGCCUCAAGAGCUACAUUGAGUACCAAGUCACACCCAGUACCACAAACCGGCCCGUCAAUCACAGAUAUAAACACUUUGACUGGUUGUAUGAAAGGCUUCUGGAAAAAUUUGGGUCAGCCAUUCCCAUCCCUUCUUUACCAGAUAAGCAGGUUACAGGCCGUUUCGAGGAAGAGUUUAUUAAGAUGCGUAUGGAGCGGUUACAGGGUUGGAUGACCAGGAUGUGCAGGCACCCUGUCGUUUCCAGCAGUGAAGUAUUUCAGCUUUUCGUCACCUACAAGGAUGAGAAGGACUGGAAGAUGGGCAAGAGAAAAGCAGAGAAGGAUGAGACAGUAGGAGUGAUGAUCUUCUCCACAAUGGAGCCCGAAGCUCCAGACCUGGACCUGAUAGAAGUAGAACAGAAAUGUGAGCAUUUCAGCAGGUUUACCAAAUCCAUGGAUGACGGGGUGAAGGAAAUCCUCACAGUGGGGCAUGAACAUUGGAAGAGAUGCACAGGCCCUCUGCCCAAAGAGUAUCAGAGAAUCGGCAAAGCCUUCCAAAACCUUUCCUCUGUCUUCACCAGCAGCGGAUACCAAGGUGAGUCAACCCUAACCGAUGCCAUGACAGCAGCUGGGAAGACAUACGAAGAGAUAGCUCAGCUGGUUGCAGAGCAGCCCAAGAAAGACCUCCACCAUCUCAUGGAGACCAACAAUGAAUAUAAAGGACUACUUGGAUGUUUUCCAGAUACCAUUGGAGUCCAUAAGGCAGCCAUAGACAAAGUGAAGGAGGGUGACAAGCUGGUAGCCGCCAGUAAAAUUACUCAGCAGGACAAAGUCACCAUGGCUAAACGUGCCAGCACCAUGUCUUAUGCAUUACAAGCUGAAAUGAACCACUUCCAUAGCAACCGUAUCUAUGACUACAACAGGGUCAUGCAGUUGUACCUGGAGGAGCAAGUCAAGUUUUACGAGACGAUCGCGGCAAAGCUGAGACAAGCGCACAGUCAGUUCACUACAAUGUGAAAGCGGCCGCUGGCUGUCUUGCACUAAGAGACAAGAAGAUUUAAACCAGCUCAAAAUCCAAAAUACUUUUGCUUAUUUUGCAUUUUUCAACCCCUGUCCUCUUUAAUUUAAAUUUCACUUCUGUUUUUCUCUUACCUCAUCUCCUCUCUUUACAACUCAUCCCAACAGUCCCUGCUUUGCGGUAUCCGCUACUUCGACGUUAAAGAGUACGAGCAACAUCUGAAAAGGCUUCGAGAGUAACAGCAGCUGUAAUUCUUAUCCUCUGUUCAGAGCUGGUAACACAGACAGGAAAAAAAAUCCAUGUUGCAGUUAUAGUGGCGAUGAAAUCAAACCCUGGCCUUUCUUUAACGUGAUGCAGUUUGUUUUGUUUUUUUGUACAGCUUCAGGUGCAAACAUAACCAUCUAUCUCAAGGUAACGCUCUGCAGCUUUUCACUUUUAUUCCAUGUUAAUAGUCAUAUAGGAAAGGACGCCAAAUACCAAAGCUAUUCUCCGCUCUGCCAAUAAGGACAGCCAGGAAGUUCACCUCUAAAUGUAUCUUCAAUAAUGUAUUCAAGCUUUACUGUAGGUUCAUUUGAAUAAUUUUGUUACCAUAUAUAGUAUUUAUAUGUAAAAAGAAGUUCACACUAUUGUUAGCAGAAGCAUUCCUUUAAGGAUUCAAAUCUUGAAAGAGUUAGCAAAGGCAGUGUGUGCGUCCUCCCUGUGUGUGACUACCACUCGCAGCUCCCAGCUCCCCUUCAUCCCACACUUCCUCAAAAGCGAACAGGAAGCUCCACCUUCUUCCUGUUUUCCCCUUUGAGAAAAAUUGAAAUGGUCAACCUGGUUAGCACCCCAAAGCUCCUGCAUACUCACACACUGCAGUUUGCAUUUUAAGAAACAGAAUCUGGAAUAAGUCUUUUUUUUUUCUUUUCUAUUCUUUUCUUUUUUCUUUCUCUUUUUUUAAACAUUUCAACUUAAGUCAUUGGAUCAGUGCUUCCCUGCCACACUAGCUAAUUUUCUCUCAGUACUUCGAAAGAAUAUUUGCCCUUGUUUGAUGCAGUCAUUGUGUUUGACAUGAUGGUACAAGAAUAAAGUCAUUUGUAAGAAUUUGUACUAUUAGAGGAGUUCGGAAGAGACAUGAAUUAUAUCAUGUUCUUGGUUUUUUUUUUUGCUUAUCACCGCCCAGUUUUCAAAUCAGUCUCUAA